AUGUGGAGACUGUGGAAGAGUCGAAAUGCUUUUUAUUAUAGAGGUGAGGAUUAUGAGCCUUCCAGUGUGGUUACUAAGGUACAAGAGGACUUUGAUGAGUGGAAUAGUCGUGAUGAUUUGGAGGAAAAAGAUGUGAACACAAACCCGGUGAUUAGAGAAGAGGAAAGAUGGACUCCACCACCGCAUAAUUGGCUGAAGUGUAACAGCGAUGGAGCUUGGGACAGAACGAAGGAUCAUUGUGGUGUUGGAUGGGUUUUGAGAAAUCAUCUUGGUGAUGUUGUAUGGAUGGGAGGAAGAAGGCUACCUAAAGGACGAUCUCCAAUAGAGACGGAGGAUGAAACGCUAAGAUGGGCUAUUUCGACAAUGGUAAGGCUUAACUACAAUAAGCUCAUAUUUGAAACAGAUUGCAUAGAGCUAGUUCAAGCAUUACAAGAGAGAGAUAGUCGCCCUAGCAUUCACUCCUUUGUUCAAGACAUGCACCAUCUGCUAGCUAAAUUAGGUGAGGUUCAGGUAGUCUUCAGAGGAAGAAAGAGUAAUGCUAAUGUUGAUAGAAUUGCAAAAGAGGCCCCCUCCUUUGAGAAUAAUGCCCCCGUGUUGUUUUCUAUUAUGCCUUCUUGGAUUAAAUCUUUUGUAGAGGUUGAAAAAUCUAUUGUGUAA